UCGAAGCACAUCUUUGUUACACUGUCUACACCAAAAAAAAAAAAAAUUCAUAAAUUCAAAUUGAUUCGCAGUUUAUUUGGCUCUCUUUGCAAAAAUAUCGUAAAUUCUUGUCUUUCGGAGUAUUCGGAGCUGGUUCACGCAACGCCGAAUGCUGCACUCGAGUCGAGUUUUCUCUGUGGUGACAAUAUCCCUUUUUAAAACAAACGAAAAACAACGUCGGACUCGCAGCUGAAAGCAAAUCUCGCGCGUUCCUCAAAUGAAAAUAAAUACUGAACCGGGCCGCGGUUAACUGUAAUUACAGCCGGAAAAGUGCCUGAAAUCGGAGAAGACGCCGCCGUAGCAAGAACUAUUUUGUUAUUCCUCACAAUCAAUGAUAAAUGAUAACAAGAGCGAGAGAGAAAGAGAGAGCGAGAGAUAGAGAGAGCGAGGCAACGGCAACAGGACGCACAGUGAGAUCCGAUCUUCGAUCUGAUAUGUUCCAGAGCAUAGCCAGCUGAUUCCUCAACUGUGGACACCACGUGGCAAUGGAAAUUUGUGUGCUGGCCAAACCAAGGAAACUGUGUGUAAAGCAGCGACUGACCUAGCGGGAGUCAGAGAAGGAGAACAGAGAGCCAGAACAAGUGCGACAGAGUGAGAGAAUCAAGAGAGUACUGAGUACAGAGUAUACAGCAAGAGAGUGUGUGUCUGCCGCUCUCUGUGCGCGUGUGCGUGUGUGCGUGUGUGUGCGUGCGUGCGCGUGUGUGCGUGUGUGUGCGUGAAGCAUGCGUAACAAGCUCAGCCAGGCCAAGCGGCAACCCAAUGAGCAUGCGGACAGCAGCUUUGAACUGGAUGAGCAGGAGCCGGCGAUCAAACACUUGACCAGCAACAACAACACGUCGCAUAUCAAGGAUGAGUCGGAUGCGGGCGAGCUAACGGACACGCUGAGCACGCACAGCAGCAGCUCCACGCCCACCACCGCGGAUGUGGCAGAUGUUGCGGAUGCGGAUACGAUCAGCUCACUGCCGCUCUCACCUGCCAACUAUGCUGCCAGUAGCGUUGGCUGCGGUGCGCACCUGGUAAAGCGGCAUGCCACAACGCUCAAGCAGCAGCAGCAGCAGCAGAAGCUGCCGGCGGAGACGGCGAAUUCCAAUAUUGCGGACACGACCAACAGCGAGCUGCGGGAUGAGGAUAAUGUGCCCACGUCUUCGAGAUAUGCGGCGCAUCCGAGCGCCGCGUUUGCAGAGACCACAGCACAGGGCGCUUCCAGAUCGAUUGGUGGCACACAUCGACGCACCCUGUCCGCCGCUUCGUACAUCUCGAUGCGUUCGCAGCCUACAAUUGGAACACCACCGGAGCCGCCAAGCCAGAAUCGCUUCUUCGAAUGGAUACGCUUCGGCUGUAAAUUCUGCUGUUGCAAGAGUUCGGGAAUUGGCGAGCCGAGUGUGCAUCAUGCGCUGGUUGUGAUAUUUUUAGAGUUCUUCGCCUGGGGUCUGCUAACCAUGCCCAUUAUAUCGACGCUCAAUCGUACAUUUCCGGAUCAUACGUUCCUCAUGAACGGCCUGGUGAUGGGCAUCAAGGGCAUACUGUCAUUCCUGUCGGCGCCAUUGAUAGGCGCCCUGUCCGACAUUUGGGGUCGUAAAUUUUUCCUAUUAGUUACAGUAUUCUUUACAUGUAUGCCGAUACCGCUGAUGUGCGUAAAUACGUGGUGGUUCUUUGCCAUGAUCUCAAUUAGUGGCGCAUUUGCCGUCACCUUUUCGGUGGUGUUCGCCUAUGUGGCCGAUGUCACCACGCCGGAGGAGCGCUCCAAGGCCUACGGCCUGGCGUCGGCCACAUUUGCCGCCAGUCUGGUCAUCUCGCCGGCGCUGGGCAAUGCUCUAAUGGAUAUGUACGGCGAUGCAUUGGUGGUCGCUCUAUCCACGGCCAUUGCGGUCUUGGAUGUAUUCUUUAUUCUAGUCGCUGUGCCGGAGAGCUUGUCCGAAAAGAUGCGACCCGCCACAUGGGGUGCACCCAUCAGCUGGGAGCAAGCCGAUCCCUUUCUGGCCCUGCGCAAGGUUGGCACAGAUAAGACGGUAUUGAUGCUGUGCCUCACUGUGCUGCUCUCCUAUCUGCCCGAGGCCGGCGAGUACUCGUGCAUGUUUGUCUACCUCAAGCUGAAAAUGGGCUUCAACUAUGUUGAGGUGUCCAUUUUUAUAGCCGUUGUGGGCAUACUCAGCAUUACGGUCCAAGUAACGCUGGGCUCGUUCAUGAAAGUCUUUGGCGCCAAGCGCACUAUCAUUGUGGGCCUAGCCCUCGAGUUGGUUCAACUGCUUUGGUACGGCCUGGGCAGUCAGAAGUGGAUGAUGUGGUCGGCGGGCGUUGUGGCCGCACUGGGCUCGAUUACUUAUCCGGCGAUCAGCGCGUUUGUAUCCCUGUAUGCCUCGCCCGAGAGUCAAGGUGCUGUGCAGGGCAUGAUUACGGGCAUGCGCGGCCUGUGCAAUGGCCUGGGUCCGGCCGUCUUUGGCGUUAUCUUCUAUCUGUUCAAUGUUGAUCUAAAUCCCGAUCAUGAAGCCAUUAUGAACAACAGUCAUCCGACGAACGUUGAGAAGAUAUCGAUGCAUGUGCCGGGCCCGCCGUUUGUGUUUGGCGCCCUGUGCGUAUUCUGUGCCAUUGUCGUGGCCGCCUUCAUACCCGAGAGCCAGCAGGCGGUGCUGGAAAAGAAACGUGCCUCGCUCGAUGUCCAGUACGAGAUCGAGACGGGCCACAAGGUGCCCAGCUCCUUGGCGCCGCUGAUACGCUCCGAUUCGCUGGCGCAGCUCUAGUCUGCCACGCUGGUGUCUAUAAUAAAUUAAACGAUUUAGUAAUUGUAACAAAUGCUGUAACUAGUUUCGCUUUAGUUUAAACGCAAAACCAGAAGAAAAACAAAGUUAGAAUUUGCAAAAAAAAACAAAAAAAAAGUUAUUGUUAAGUCAAUUCUGUUCUUUUUCCUUGCCGCAUGUGAUUUGCAUUUCCGAUUCACAUUUAAAUAUUGUACAAUUAUUAAUUUCAUAAAUCAUUUAUGAACGGAAUCAGCUUGCCCGCAAAAAAAAACAACAACAUAAUAAUAAGAGUUAUAAACGCAGCCUGUGUUCAUUUUUGGUAUGCAAGUUUGAAACAUCACGGUGAGCCUAACAAUUUGUUGUUGUUUUUUAUUAUCAACGGGAAACAAACAUAAACAAACUGCCAAAUAAAAAAAAAUAACAUUAUUGUGUAAAGUGCAGCACAAAGAAAUAAAGGCGGCCUCAUAUAUUAUUAUGUAGCAAUUGAUUUUGUUCAGCAGCAAACAAAUUAUAAUUACAAUUAAUUAAUUAGUAUUAACUAAAUAGUCAGCUUUACUUUGCAAUUGUUUAGUGAUCUGUUGUCGAGAGUCGCAAAAGAAACAACAACAAAUAUAUAGUUCAUAACAAAUACUAUAAUUAAUAAUGCUAACUGUGUAAUA